GAGAAAUUUCAGAAUGAAUGAAAAAGUUAAACUUGUAUAGUAUAUACAGAGCGAGUAGAAAAGAAUUAAAUUGGAUUGUGUUGAUAUUAUAAAGUUUAAAAGUUAUGUCAAAAAUCAUUAUUAUCAUGAAACUUGAAUACAUGCAAUGGAAUUCAUUGAGACAUGUGCUUUUCAGUUUUACGAUGACAAAGUUGCAUGCUACCAAUAAUUGAAGAAAAACUCUGAAAAUUAAGAAUUAUUCUGCUUACUGCCAAAAUAAUAACACAUUUUGAAGUUUCUCUUGUUUUGGGAAUCCUAACAUGGCAUCAUUGAUUCAUUCUAGGAACAUAUUAACCUCGAGGAGAAAAGAAGCCAGAAUUGGAGACAUCGGCCCGUUUACACCGGGUCUACCUGUACAGGUACCGCUAUGGAUGGCUGUAAAUCUUAAACAAGGACAGAAGUGUCGAGUUCUACCACCGGAAUGGAUGGAUAUUGAUCGUCUACAAGACAAGAAACAAGAAGAAACAGACUCGAAAUUUUUUACAAAGAUGUUAAGUGAUCAUUACAUGGAAAUCACUCAGCUUCUGUUGAAAUGUGCUACAGAUGACAUCCCCCAUGCUGAUGAGAUCCGGACAUUAGUUAAGGAUAUCUGGGAUUUACGAAUCGCCAAACUCCGGAGCAGUAUUGACACAUUUGUUAAAAGUGAUGCCACUCACGCUAAGCUCAAUUAUUUGACGUUGAUGGAAAUGAACACUGUUCGGCCAUUUCUCACGAAAGCUCUCGACCAGAUGCAUGUUUUACGAUCCAAUCUCAAUGGAAAAAUUCUUCAUUCAACUCAGGAAUAAUAAAUUAUUUAUUUUAAUCAA